CCUGACUCUAAAAGCUCUGCAAAGGAGUGGAGCGUGUGUUUCUUUGCUCCAAAUUCGUCUUCUUCGAGGCAAGCGCGGGCACGAGAAACGAGGCUUCAGUUACGGGGCGUUGUCAUUCUGGGGGAGGUGGAACGCCAGUUCCCAGAGCUCUUCCAUCGCCACUUGUGUUUGAGGUCGAGUCCACUUGCUAAACAGGUCCCAGACCAACGCAAAUCCGAUCCGUGCAUUCCGAACAGGCUGAUACUGAGAAGGAGCCUGCGAACGUGAACGAUACUUUCAUGGCUUGUACACAAGUGGCGGAUGUUCAAAUAUACGUUUGAUUCCACUAUACUUGCAGUAGCUUUCUUCCUCGUCUUCUGCGUGGAAAAGAGCACUCUCCGUUUACUCAUCUCACAAAGACCCAAAGGACUCUCUGCCUGUGGUUAGGGGCAUGUGUUCCUUCAACAAGACCCAUACGGCAAGUUAUCAUGCUUGCAGUGUCAAUCUGACAACAGCAGAAGCGAGACUCUCUGCAGCUCGCACACUCUGCCGUUUUCGUCUCACAGACAAAGCAACGAGAUAACAAAGAUUCCAAGUAUUUGAAAGACUCCGUGGGUCAUAUGGAAAUCGAGGGCAAAGGGACGCAAGCAUCGUGACUACGAACUGGCGUAUGGACGGCCUUAGAGAGUUGCCGCAUCUGUUUCCGGAAAGUGAGGAAGCCGGAGUUGAGUGCUGUGCGUCAGAUUCCCGACGGCAUCGGCAACGAAUGCUUUUCAUUUUUCACGACUGAUCUUUCGCACAGCACUCUCAAGGGCGUGCUGAAAAGCUGCGAAUUAAGCGGGAAGCAAGUACGAUUUCCAUGGGUUCUCGGAGCUGAGCGUCGGGAGGCAAACGGUCCAUUUUGAGACAAGGGAACUGGAACGGUGGAUUCCCGUGUCACGUGUAGAGUCUGUCGAGUACUGGCUGACCUUAACAGUCGCCGGCGAACACGCGAAAAAAGGACCUUGCUCUGAUGAUCUAUUUGCACUGAGGCAAUACCUUGCCUGUUCAAAGAGGAAUGGAUUUUGCACUUAUUUGAGUGCUGUGCUUGUCGUGAGACUCGAGAAAAACGCGGGACUCUGAGGCUCCUGUUGAUGGCCUCGAAAGUGGAGGGGUGACGGUAGGAUCACAGGAAGAAUCGUCAAAAGAUAUUCCCACAGCAGGGCGACUCUGCAUAGGAGCGCCCGAACGCUUUCCGGUCUUGUUCGACUUCCGUCGUCACAUUCAGUGUCAUUUGUGUCAGCAACUACGACCACCACCGGCUAGGAGUAUUGAAAAACGCGUCUACCUCGCCGCUCUCUUUGACGGGUCUUUUUUGCCUGAGUGUCUCGUGCAGGCCAUCGGCAUAAGGUAGGAUUCCCGAUUUCCUCCGGGUACUUUGGUCUCAUACCAGCGGUAGAAGUUAGGUUCUGUAGCACAUCACUGAAUCUCAACCACUAGAUGCAGGUACACAUAAGUGGACAUUGUUCAGCAUGUUUAAUCGAGGAGGUGGCGUCUAGAAGACACAACGAAGGUUCAGCUUAGAGCCUCACAAAUAUGCAUAAUUUAAAGUGGCACGGUACGUACGUUGUGAAGUUAAGGCGUUACAUCUUUCGGAGAGGUUUCCAAGCGUUACUUCGAAGCUUAGACUGACGCGAAUGCUCCGGCGGACACAUCGUUUGUCUUUUCACUUAACUUCUUCGACAAAGGGCUUUGGUGCCUCGUCUGUGGUUCGUCGUUCGUGUCAGGGAGCCGAGAGACAGUUUGUUCCCUCUCUACCAUAUAAAUUCGUGUGAAUAUAUACACCAGAACUACAGUGUGUUACUCACUUGUUCCUGAACAGGAUUCAGCUAGUAACGGUAGGUCAUCAUCAGAAAUGACACGUGAGCUGGGGUAGGAUCGUCUGGACGCAGUUUGUUCCCUAUUUGCCAUGUCACGUGUUUCUACAGCAAACCUACAGUGUUCAGGCUGACGAAUUCAGGGUCCAAAACUACAUAGCACUCAACAGCGACUCCGUCUUCCAGCUUCCAAAUAAACUUUAUAUGAAAAUGAGCGCAUGUAAAGUCGUCGUGAAAAAGCCAUGAAACACGGAUAGCGAGACACCGUUGACGAGCACGAGAAUCGGUCACUCGUCCGACACCUCCAGAUUCCGUGAAUUUCUGUGGCAAAGCUCGUUUCUAGAAGUUAGACUCGGAAAAACCCCCUGUUCUGCAAAAAGGCGACACCCGCGAAAACACGUCACAUGUUGGAUAUGCCUGUCCCGUCGAACCCCCUUUCGCAGGCUUGUGCGAGGGGAAGCUGAGAGUGUCGCGUAGUGUUGAAGUCGACGAAAAGUGGGAGCAACACCCUCCUCGUUCGACCUUCAGUCGCACCCGUUACAUUAGCAAUUAUCCUUAUUAUACGGUCCUCAGAAAAACGCAGCGUUCUCUGUCUUGGCGUGACAGCCCCUCGUGUGCGGAGGCAAGGGGUACCCAUGACCCGGGAGGCGUGUCUCCGCGAUGUAGCUUUUUCUCGGGUGCGUCGAGUGUUUGCCCUUCGCAGAGUGACAAAAGCUCCCUUACCCCAAAGGACUUCUCCAUGCCAGCUUCUGGAGAAGGAACGAAACUGGGAGAAGGACGGCAAGAUCCUAGCCAAGGACCUUUUCGGGAUCUGAGCCGAAAGGUUGAGAGACAGCCGCAUGCGUGCCGCACCCCCACUUCCUCAAACUCGACCCUUUUUCGGACGCGUCCGACCGGCCUAUCCGUGCGCCGACCCCGGGAAAACGCGCCUUUCUGGUAUAUACCGAAACACCGUCCUUUGAGUCCUUCAGUGGAAUUUCUCAGGUGUGUGCAUUCUUGAGAACCCAGGGAUCCACUCGGGGAGCUUGGGGGACACGACACCCGCCAAGAAAGGCGGUUUCUUCUGGUGUCGACGCGAGUCGUCAGCGCGGUUCGUGGUGCCCUCCUCUCGAGAACCCUUGCAGAAAAGUGUACGAAGGCUCGAAGUUUUGGAGAUCGAUGUGUUGCCUCUCUGUCGCCUCUCGCCUGGACCGUGUCGGUUUCGAGUUUGCUGGCCCCGCGUGCAGUUCUAGCGGAGAUGCGAGGGUUUUUUCUGUUGUCUGAGCUCUCUGCAUUUGAGCAUGAGGAGUCCGAAGCUGCGGCAUGAGCAGUUGCUAUUGCAUUUGGGUUUGCGGAAUGAUGCUCAGCCCAGCCUGUGACGAGCCUGGCUCUUCUCGUGUCCAUCCGGCCGAGUCGUGUGGUUUCUCCGUGUACAGUCUGCCGACUUGCUUCCGGUGAACCGUGGAGCUCAGGCACGUGGAAGAGCUGUUUCCAUGACAUUUUCGCGUCAUUGCGCCUCCCGGUUUCCCCGUUCUGUGUUGCCGUCUUUGUUUUUGCCCGUGUUCCGUGUGUGUAUGAUCGACACAGGGUUCGUGUCACCGCUUACUCGAAGCAGAGGUCUUCGGUCUUCCGGAGAGUCCGACCUUUCGCCUCGAGAGCUCGUCGCCUGUGCCUGCGUCUCCCCUGUUCUCCUCGCUGCGCCGGCUUGUUUUGCCUCCUUCCCCUCUGUCAACUUUGCCGCUUCCCUCCCUCGUGAACACGCCAACAUGUCCACGAAAGGCCGCGAACUUUUCGACACUCCAACGAGUCAAGCCGACAGCGGCGCGGCGCCUCCACCCUCCUCCCGCUUACCUUCCCGUGGUUUCUCGUGUUUUUCCCCGGCUAGACAGAAGAAAAAGAAGCCUCUCUGUGUGGUGUCGCCCCUCCUUGUUGCGUGCUUGCUGCUCGCCCCCGCCUGCCUCCCCUGCGGGGCUGAGAAGGCAGAGAGGCAGGCGAGCGUACCUCUGUCCUCCUCAUCCCGCGCGCCGCGCCACGCGAGAGAGAAAAAAGGACGGAAGGAAGAGCCGAAGCUGGUGCAAGCCGUCUCGGGGGGCGGGCAAGUCGGCCAGCACGAGCCAGAGCUGCCGUUCGAUUCCAUUUCCGUGGACCGCAGGCGAGGAGCCCGCGGAGUUGCGGCGCUCGCGGCUUUCGACUUCAAUCCCGACGAAGAGGGCAGUCGCGAGCAGCGAAGAGAUAGCUUCUUUCUGGCAAGUACCGAAUUCCGCUUCCCCGACUCUUCGCUGGCAAAGCCAGAGAAGAACGCGUUGUGCCGAGACUGGCGCGUUCCCCACCCCUUUCUCAGCAAAGAAGCCGCGAAGGAGUCGCUCCAACUGCCCCCUAACCUGAACGUCACUGCCGUCCUUAUGCCGUUUUACUUCUACGAUGUCGACAACCGGGGAAACUACCUGAUUCUCACAAAGUUUUCCGACUUUGACAUUCCGGUGAUUCGCAGGCGCCUGUCGAAAUCGGACAUUCGGCUGUUUUUCCGUUUCAAGAAUUUGGCGUGGUUCGGCCGGCUCGCGCCUUCGCCGAACGCGAAUUCCGUGGUGGUCUCUGACGCCGCGGGGAUUGACAUGGCCAAAGUGGUUUUCCAUGGCGGCUUGUCAGUGGCGAAGACCUACGUGCAGGCCAUGACAUCGACGAUCGACGACAUAGGGAUCCGGGUUUCAGAAAUUCACAUUAUCAAUGUGCCGCGCGCUGCCGCGUGUCUCCUGAAGGUGGUGCAGAGCUUGUCGCCGUCGGAAAUCAAGUUUUUCACCUACACGAACCGCCAGGAGUUUCUGGACAGAGUGGGCGACGUGAUCGGAAGGCAGCAGCUGCCGCGCCACUUCGGCGGAACGAACCCGACACGCAUGGACAAGUCCAAGCUGGAGAGUUGCUUCACCGAGUUUGUCAGACAACUUCGCACGGCGCAGACAAGCAUGGAGCCGACAGAUGACGCCGAAUCAGACACGACCUACGACCAGCAGAUGGAAAAACGGUUUCACCAACUCUUCGACUAGCGAGGGACGCCACAUGCACCGUCAGGAACUUUGACAUGGCGCGGAUGUAGGAGAGCAGUGGAGGAAGGGAAAAGCGAAGUUGAGGAGCGAGGAUGCAGACGUUUAGGCAGUGGAUGUCGGCGCAUGGAGAGCGCUGUUCACAUACGGCAAAGCCCGCGCCACGCGCAAGCUGUAGAGGAGAAGCACGGCAGGUGGAGUCGGAGUGCCCUUUGCUUUAGAGGAACGAGAGCUGAACAGGGAUGAGGGGAACAGCCGUCGCGUAGCGCUUUGUAUACAGGUGGCAAGAAAGAGGAAAUUACGUCAUUGCGAGUUUCUCCGGGGUUCGGUACUCACUUUCAGUGGAGCCUCGAUUGUCACCGAGAUCACGGAACCGAGAAGGCGUACAGCUUACUUUUGUCAGACGUUUGCGCCUUCUGACUGCGGGGUAAAAUCAUUAAAAAGGGCAGCAGAGAGCUAUCGUAACGCAAUCAAAGGUGAUAGUUCGUUGUACUCGCACUCUCACAAUGCUCACUUUUCGAGCGACAUGGCUUUUUGUGGUCUAGGAGUGGAGUAAGGCGAUUUUUUUUUGGUGUUCCAGGUAGUCCGCAUCACUCGGUUUCUGUCUGCCAGACGGGCCUUGUUGGCUUACUCGGCGGCAGCCAAGGCAAGCUUUAAGUGAGAGCUGUUUGUCUACGCGCUUGGAGAGCACUUGUCUGAUGUUUGUGCCAACGGGUCUGUGCUUUCAGUGUAAUCGAGGCGCCGAGAGGUGACGUAGAGUGUUCAUAUGCUUCGUUGUGAGCCGCACCGCUUCUAUAUCCAUGUUUUUUCCAUGAACAAGCAGGGCAAAUUGGCAGCGUGCUCGUGGGUGUUUCUCUCUUUCUAAGAGCCCUAGACGUAAAACAAAGCUGAGCGGCCACUUUUUUCUGUGUGCAAUUUGUGUGUACGCGAUACUACUUAUGCGUUACCCCUUCUGCGCAGUUUUGGAACUCUCCCUGUGAUGGCACAAGCUGUAGAUUCAUGUUCCCCUUUUCGAGCACUGUGAAUUCCGCUUUGUUUGUGCUCGUUCUUUUGCGCAGUAAGCAGUUUUUGUGCGGUAUGCGUUGAAAGUCCGCGUCACGGAAUGGGUGUACCGAAGUUUCAGGGAACAGGAAAUACCUUCCCCUAGUCCAGAACCGUUUCCGUUCAUGCUGUAAUCUUCACUCCGU